UGCAGACGGGCAGCGGUGCCAUCCGUGGGCUGUUUGGUUUCCCCUUCCAUCUCUCUCUGAGAGAGACCUCGUCCUCCUCAUUGCUGCCCUGAAUUGGCUCUUUGUGAGCACUCCCACUCUGCCAAGAGCUGCUGGGAGGGGAGGAGGAGGCAGGCAGACAAGCGAGCCCUGUCCUUGGGCAGCCAGGGCUGUCUCAGGGCUUUGGGGCUGGGGAACAAAGUGGCAUGGAGAUGGGAAACAUGGGGCUGGAACGGCUGCAGGGCUGAAUAACUGAGUGAACGUGUUACACUGCAUUUAUCCCUUUGCUUCCCCCACUGUGUGUCUGGAGGGGCUGAGAGCUCGUGUUUAUAUCUCCAGUGAUUUCAGCAUCUCCUCUGCAUCCUGAGACAUGAUGGGCGAUGCUCACCCCUGGGCUCGUCCCCAAAGGAAGCUAUUGUGUCCCCAGCUGCAUGGUGGCACUUGAUCCUCCUCGUGUGCCAUCAAAAGCACCGUGGCCAGGAGCUCAGCUGUCCCUUUCUAAGCGCCUGUUGCCUUGGCAAUGGCAGGACCGAAGGGAUUUGGGCUGGGCAAGGAGAUUGAUGGGAGCUGGCUGCUGACCGAUGGCUGCGACACGAAGGGAGGCUUGAGGGGGGGAUGCACAGGUCCCCUGUCACCUCCUUAAGGGAGGUUCUGCUGGAUUGGAUGCCAAAUUUAGAUUAAAAGUGAAGGAAAGGAUCAAAGCAACCAAGCCUGGGGAACCAACCCUGGCACCCUGUAGGCAUUUAGGAAAUGCAUUCUGUUUCCAGCACAGGAUUUCAGGGGCUUGAAUGUGAACUCCAUAUCAUUUGCCCCGACACCCACCUGGUUGGGGUGCUCAGGUAUUUGUUGCUGGGCUGCAUUUCUGGCAGCACCCAGAUGUUUGGCACCCUUUGGGGUAGGGAGAGAAGGGAGGAUGCUCCUCCCCGGCCAGCAUCUUGCAGGCAGGAGCCUUUUAUUCUUGCUGCUGCCUCUGCUGCUGCAGGGCCAGGAGCCGAACAAUACCACUCCAUCGAGCCUUUUGUCCCUGCUGCUGGGCUGCGAUUCCAAUGGCCCUGGCUUUGGAAAGUGAUGGGGCUUGGGGAGGAGGGAGAGGGCUCUGGGGCUGGAGGGUGAGAUGAAGAGGGUUCAUUCCCAACUUGCUGGUAGAAAUAUUGGCCUUUCCUUCCCUUUCUCCCUUUCAAGCUGGAUCCAGUCCCACUCUUCCCUGUGAUGCUCCCCAUCCCCGUCGAGGCUGAGACAGGGCUGUGGGAAGAACGAUGUGGAUCUAUCCGAAGACAUGGGAGGGAGACAGGGAGCUGGCAGCAGAAAGAUGGAGAGCGGCUGGGGGAGGUGACGGACCCUGGCAGGCGGCUGGUAGUGGCCCAGGCAGCAGCACGGCAGAGGAAGGCUGAGGACUCCAGUGAGAGCCACGAGGAGGAGCAGAAUGAUGGACAGGAUUUGGAUGGACGGUUUUCCAGAGGCUCACGAGCCACCAGGCACCCCAAACUUAACCUGACCAGCCAGGCUCUACCCUGGGAUGAGAAGUACAAGGGGAAAGCAAACCUGCAUGUUUUUGAAGACUGGUGUGGAGGAGCCGUGAGGCAUCUGAGGAAGAAUCUCCAUUUUCCACUCUUUCCACACACCCGCACCACAGUGAAGAAGCUGGCAGUGUCACCCAAGUGGAAGAACUACGGGCUAAGGAUUUUUGGCUACAUCCACCCUUUCAAGGAUGGAGACUUCCAGUUUUCCGUGGCAUCAGAUGACAAUUCGGAGUUCUGGCUCAGUUCUGAUGAGAGCCCAUCCAACUCACGGCUGGCUGCCUUUGUGGGCAAGCUGGGUACCGAGUGGACGGCUCCAGGGGAGUUCACCAAAUUCAGCUCGCAGGUUUCUAAGCCUCUGCGCCUUAUGUCAUCUAGACGCUAUUACUUCGAGCUGCUCCACAAGCAAGAUGACCGAGGCUCGGACCAUGUGGAAGUUGGCUGGCGAGUUUUCCUCCCUAGCUUGAAGUUUGAGGUGAUUGACUCCUCCUACAUAUCUCUGUACACAGAUGAAUCAUCCUUGAAGAUGAACCACGUGGAGCACAUCCCGCAGUCUCUGGCCAGCCACAGUGGGAGCUACCUCUGGGAGGCACAGUGGGAUGAGCAUGGGGCUGACAUGCUCAAGUCUGACCCCAGGGAUACCUUCUUCCUCACCCCUGCGAUAGAGCCGUCCCGCGUGGAGAAUGUGCUGGUGCCCUGUGCCUACAGCCCCACCUACGUGGUGAAGGACUUCCCCAUCGCCCGCUACCAGGGCCUGCAAUUUGUCUACCUCUCGUUUGUGUACCCCAAUGACUUCACGCGCCUCACUCACAUGGAGACAGAGAACAAGUGCUUCUACAGAGAGUCCCCGUUCUACUUGGAGAAGUUCGGUUUUUAUAAGUACAUGAAGAUGGAUGAGGAGGACCCACGUCAGCGAGCAUUUCUCUUCCUCAACCCAGACAAUUUCCUCGAAGAUGAUGAGGAGGAUGAGGAUACUGUGGACAGCCCUGAGGCCACAGACCCACCUCCCAAAGCCAGGAAGAACCUCGAGCUAGCACCUGAAGCCCAAAGGAAAGAGAUUCUGCCAGUCACCAGAAAUUAUGGGGAUUACUUGGAUUACUACAGUUUCCACCGCAAGCAGAGUCAGGCACGGGAUGAGGUGGGCACGGGAAGGUGGAGCAUACCCCCUGCCACUCCCAGCCCUACAGCCACUCCUGUGGGUCCCCAUGGCAAUGGGAAUACAGAACCUGUGCAGGAGAGAGUCCGUGGGAGAAUGCUCCGAUGGUUACCCCAGGAGCCCAGUGAGGAGGAUGAGCUGGGGCUGCUGGUGUCCUCCAAGCGUACUGGGGCCCUCAGCCUCCAGUCUCACCUCCCUGUUCCCAUCUUUGGUGGCAAAGCCAAAACACCAGGUCCCAGCAAGUCCGUAGUAUCCAAGGAGGACAAAAAGACUCAGAAAGCCCAGGAGAAGGUGUAUGUGACCAGGCUGCAGCCAGGCAAACGCAAAGCCCCAGCCCAGGAGCCCGCCUUCCCCAGCAUCUUCCUUUACCCAAAGCUUCUGAAGAAAAUGCACCUUCGCUCCAGAACCCCUCAGAAGCAUCCCAUCACCUCCAGCAAGCUCCGAACUGCCCCUGGCCACCGGACCCCUUGGCUCUUGAGUAAUAUGUCCAAAGAGAGAGACACAGCCAGGAGGAAGACCAGCCGGGUGGGUGACAGGAGAUGGCAGCUGGUGAGCAAGCGGGAAGAACUGGGGGCUGAAGGGAUCUUCAGCAAGGAGACCCCCGAGGAUGUGACCUCUGCCCCGGGUAGGAUGGUGGUCACCACUGAUUACAACUCCUCUGAGGUGACUCGCUCGCAGGGGACACGGGUGACGUCCUUUCUGAAGACAUCAGAAAUAACAGCAUCCCAGCAGGAGGGAAAGGACCAGGAGGAAGAGGAGGUGUCAGACUACAGCUAUGAGACAGGGGAGCUGCCACAGAGCUGGUUGGAGGACUCCAUCAACUGGCAGAGGACGUUCAGUGUCAGCUCGGUGGACUUUGAGCUCCUGCGCUCUGACUGGAAUGACCUGCGCUGCAACGUCUCGGGCAACCUGCAGCUGAGCGAGAGCGAGGUGGUCGAUGUGGUGGCCCAAUACAUGGAGAAACUCAACGAGAAGAAUGGGGGCAUCUACACCCUCCUGAGGAUCAUCAAUGUGGAGAAGCGCCGUGACACGGCCCGGGGCAACCGUUACCUGCUGGAGCUGGAGUUGGCAGAACGGGGCCAGCGGACGGUGCGGCUCUCUGAGUAUGUCUAUGUCCUCUUGCACCAAGGCAAGCAGGACAACAGUGCUGAAGCCAACCCUGAGGGACCAGCCCUGGGGGCCACCGAUGCCCAGCCAAGCACCUGGAGCAUGCUCUAUGGGAAGCCCAUUCUGUGCCGGCCGCUGCAACUGAGCUGGAAGCAGGACAUCAUGGUGCACUUUGUGGUACCCGUGAAGAACCAAGCGCGCUGGGUCCAGCAGUUCAUCUCAGACAUGGUUGGCCUGUAUGACGUAACCAAGGAUGCCAACUUCAACGUUAUCCUGGUGGACUUUGACAGCGAUGACAUGGACGUCGAGAAAGCCCUGCAGGAUUCCCGGCUGCCUCGCUAUCAGUACCUACGGCGCACAGGGAACUUUGAGCGCUCAGCAGGGCUGCAGGCUGGCGUGGACAUGGUUGAGGAUGGGCACAGCAUUGUGUUCCUGUGUGACCUGCACAUCCAUUUCCCCCCCAACAUCCUGGACAGCAUCCGGAAGCACUGUGUGGAAGGGAAGCUGGCAUACGCACCUAUUGUCAUGAGGCUGAGCUGUGGCAGCUCCCCACGGGAGCCCAACGGUUACUGGGAGGUGAAUGGCUUUGGUCUCUUUGGCAUCUACAAGUCAGACUUUGACCGCGUUGGAGGGAUGAACACAGAGGAGUUCAGGGACCGCUGGGGUGGGGAGGACUGGGAACUCCUGGACAGGGUCCUUCAGAGCGGGCUGGAGGUGGAGCGCUUGCGUCUCAGGAACUUUUACCACUAUUACCACUCCAAGCGUGGCAUGUGGAACGCUCACAGCAAGAAGUCACCCAAGGACUAACACCCUGAGCCCAGACCACAGCCAGAGGUUGGCCACUGCUGGUGUCCUCCUGUCCCCAACUCUUGCUGGUGGCCAUCAGUGCCAGCACAGAGGGCACCGUUGCUGCCAGGGUCUCCAAAUGAACCAUGAUUACUUUGGGGUGGAAUUGGGGAGGGAGGGUGGGGCGAAAGUGGGAUGGUGGAUUUUUUCUUAAGGGUCUAAUUUCUUAGUCAGCAAUGAAUUUAUUAACUCGAUAGUGCCAGGCAGUGGGCGUCCUGCUGUUGGGAGAGCAAAGCCUUGAGGCUGGGGGCUAUGUCAUGCUGGUGAUGCUGGAGGGAGUAAAGGGGCACCUGAACUCGCAGCCAGCACUAGCUCAGUGUCCCCUGCACGGUGCCCAGUGCUGGAGGGCAGAGCCUUUGUGGGGGGGGCUGCUGGAACAGAUACCCUUGGGGUGGUGGGGGUUCCCCUCAGGGCUGCCUGUACCCUCUGUGGCAUCCCCAGAGCCAGGUGGUCACCUUGGAGGGGAGAAAGCUCUGCCCUGGCUGCUCUGGCUGAAGUGGGCAAGGGGCAGAGCCCCUUCCUGGCCCCCAUCAGCAGGGUGGGUUGGUGGGAGUGGGGGGGUUGAGGGGGGGAAAGGGCAGAGCCCAAAGCAGGUACAGGAGUGGGGCGAGCAAAUGAUGUUUCCAAGCUAAUUUCUGUGAAAUUAUGAGGUAGGAAGCUGUUUUCAGGAAGUUGUCUGUUUUCUUUUUGUUCUUUUAAUUGCUGUUGUUCUGUUGUUUUGGUUUUU